UUGGUAUGGCCGGGCAGAAGUGGUGGAGUCUGCGGGAGUGAGUGGAGCAGGAGCAGCGCUGCCCGCCUCCGACAAAGGCAGGGAUGGAUGGUGACGGUUGGAGCGCCGCGUGAUUGGAAUCUUGACCCGGCUGUUGCAGUCGCCUCGCGCCGGUUCGCUCACUCUGAUUUUGCAGCCGUUUGGGGCCGCGGCUGGCGACCGCCCCCAACCUUCUUCCACACCCCCCCCCCCAACCCCCCCAUCUCCCUCAUUUCACCUCUAAGGCAUCCGGACUGAAAAAGUGGGGGGAGGCGUCGCUUGGAGCACCAGCGGGAGUUAUCCGUGAGUAGCCGCUGUCUGUGGACGGGUCUCCGCGCCCCCCUCUCCCUGUAUGUUCGGGGGUGAAAUGAUCCGCUCCGACGUCUCUCUGAGCUGGGCUGAGAGCGCCUAAGUCUCGGCACCGUCUCCCAUCAUUAACGCCGUGCAGCGAGAAGCGUCCCCCGCGGGCGGAGAAUCGGCGUGUCUUCAUCAGGAGGAGAGAGGGAAAAAAAAUGGGGGAGCAGCCCAUCUUCAGCACGCGAGCCCAUGUCUUCCAGAUUGAUCCUAACACAAAGAAGAACUGGGUGCCCACCAGCAAACAUGCGGUAACUGUGUCCUACUUCUAUGAUAAUACACGCAAUGUGUACAGGAUAAUCAGCCUUGAUGGGUCAAAGGCAAUAAUCAACAGCACAAUCACUCCAAACAUGACAUUCACAAAAACAUCUCAAAAGUUUGGUCAGUGGCCAGACAGUCGUGCAAAUACUGUCUAUGGUCUCGGUUUUUCCUCAGAGCAUCAUCUAACUAAAUUUGCAGAAAAGUUCCAAGAAUUUAAAGAUGCAGCACGGAUAGCAAAAGAGAAAAUGCAGGAGAAAAUGGAAUUAACCAGUACGCCUUCACAGGAAUCUGCAGGAGGCGACUUGCAAUCACCUUUGACACCCGAGAGUAUCAAUGGGACAGAUGAUGAAAGGUCUAUUCAAGAUGUAACGCAAGAUUCUGAUGCACGAGCUGAAAUUAACCAGAGUUCUCUGCCUUUCACUCACAGUACUACAAUUGGAAAGCAUUGGGAGUCUGAAUUGGCAACGUUAAAAACCAACAAUGCUAAACUUACAGCAGCAUUACUGGAAUCUACAGCCAAUGUAAAACAGUGGAAGCAGCAGCUUACAGCUUACCAGGAUGAGGCAGAGCGACUACACAAACGAGUUUCUGAACUUGAAUGCCUGAGUGGUCAGGCAAAUGUGCUUAAGACACAUAAAACUGAGUUGAAUAGGACAAUAGAAGAACUAGAGGCACAAAUGAAGGACAAAGAGGAGGAAAUUGAGCGACUGAAGAAGGAUAUUGAAGGAGCUAAGGAAUUGGAAGCACAGAGGGACACUCUGUCACAGCAAUUACAGCCCUUGCUCCAACGUAGUUGCUACAACAGCCACAUAGUGAAGUUCCAAAAGGAUUUGCUUGAAACUGCUGUACAAAAAGUUACAAGAACAGAAUUUCUACUGUCAUGUGAUUAUUGCUGAACAUUUGCCAAGCCAGUGACACAACUGCGACCAUACCUUUUCUGAUGCAAGACUCACAUGGAUGCGGAAAACCAGCAACAUGACUGACACACCAAGAGCACAUUCAAUUUUACAUGAAAUGUGACCACAUUUGUUUAGCACAUUACACAAGAUAGCCUUGUGUUCCUCUGACAGAACAAAUUCAAAGUCAACACUUCGUCUGAAACAAGGAGAAAAAUAAUUUGGUCAAUUGUACAACUCUGCUGGAUACAGGCAAAAUAAUUCUACCAUUCUGCUGGGCUUUGGGUUGUUUGGUAGACUACU